CUCACAACUCCAAAUUUCCCUGUAGUGGUCAAGCUGGGACAUGCCCAUGCUGGAAUGGGGAAGGUCAAAGUUGAGAACCAGCACGACUUCCGGGACAUGGCCAGCAUAGUAGCCAUGGCAAAAACCUACGCCACCACCGAGCCGUUCAUUGACUCCAAGUACGACAUCCGAAUCCAGAAAAUUGGCAGCAACUACAAGGCUUACAUGAGGACGUCCAUCUCUGGAAAUUGGAAGGCAAACACAGGUUCUGCGAUGCUAGAACAGAUUGCAAUGACAGAGAGGUACAGACUCUGGGCGGAUGCCUGCGCGGAAAUGUUUGGAGGUCUUGACAUCUGCGCUGUCAAAGCUGUCCACAGCAAAGAUGGAAAAGACUAUAUCAUUGAGGUGAUGGACAGCUCGAUGCCACUGAUUGGGGAGCAUGUGGAAGAAGACAGACAGCUUAUAGCUGAUUUGGUUGUUUCCAAAAUGACUCAUCUUGUCAACACUGCUGGAUCUACACCAUCACCGCUGAGGCCUUGGCCUCCACAUGUUCAGCCUGCAUCAAUGAAAUCUCAGACUGGACCUCAGCUUGGACAACUGUCCCAACCACGGCCUCCUCCCCAAGGUGGACCACGCCAGCCUCAGGGAUCUCAGCCUCCACGGACAAAUGCCCCUCCACAGCAGCGGCUCUCUCCUCAAGGGCAACAGCCCCAGAGUCCCCAGUCCACUUCACCUCAGCAGCAAAGGUCACCUGGAUCUCCACAGCAACUCCGAUCAGCAACUGGGUCCUCUCCAGUCCAGGCUUCCAAGGCCGGCGUCUUUCCUCCACAGCAGCCUAGACCUCCUGCUCAAGGGCGGGCUCCCAGCCAGCCAAGCCCCACAGAAACACCCAAGCAGCAAGCCACCCCACACCCCCAUCUGAACAAAUCACAGUCCCUGACAAACACCUUCAGCAUAUCUGAAUCAUCUCAGCGGGGAAAUGCUAAUGAAGAUGAAGCAAAAGCUGAGACCAUCCGCAACCUGAGGAAAUCAUUUGCUAGCCUGUUUUCUGAUUAACAGCCUUGCAGCUGGAUCUGUGCUUUUGUCAGCCCUCACUCUUCGUAUCAGCGUACCUGAUGUCAUCCUGGAAUACACUUGAUGGUACCCAGCAAUUUACAACUAACAUCUGGGCAAAGGGAAUUUAGAGCACUAGAGUUGUUUUAAUACAAAGAAAAUAUUCUAAUAACAGUCUGAAAAGUGACUGUAUAAAAGUGGCACCAUUUCAUUGUUUUUUGUGCAUAAUUAGAACCACAUCUGUUCAAAUUACUGAGUUGUAAAGCAAAUGUUACUCUUGCUUAACCCCCUGUGGAGUCAACACAGUUAUGACAG